GGGGCGUUGGGGGCGGCCUGCGGGGGGGUCCCGACCGCGGCGACCGCGGCGGCGGCGGCGGAGGCGGCGGCGGCGGCUUCGUGCCCGGGGGGGGGCGGCGAUGGGAAGCGGAAUCCGAAAGCGGAGGAACCCGGGGGGGGCUGCGUUUGGGCCGGAGGAGGCGGCGGAGGCGGAGGAGGCGGCGGAGGCGGCUGCUGCUGCGGGGGCUGCGGUUGAGGAGGCGGCGGAGGCGGCGGAGGAGGCGGCGGAGGAGGCGGCAGCGCGGCGAACGGAUAAGCGGCGGCCGCCAUGGGGCCGAGGAGGGCGGCCGAGGGUUGAGGAGGCCCCGAGAGGCCGAGGGCCGGAGGGGGAAAGCCGGGUUUGGGCGGCGGAGGCGGAGGAGGCGGCGGCGGGUGGAGCUUGCCCAGCGGCGUGGCGUUCGCUCCGGUCGCCAUAGAGCGCUCCGCGCCGCCCGAGGAGGGCUUCGCGAAGCUUCCACGCCGCCGCGCCGCGAAGCGCGCGUCGAUUGGUCGGCCGGCUCGCCCGUCAAAGGGGUGCGGGCGGCGGAUUGGGGGAAGAGGGUGGCUGUCAAGGAGGUGAGGCGGCGGAUUGGUCGGAGGGAGGGGCGGGGGGCGGGGCCGUGCGCUGAGGUGGUGAGCGCGGGGAUUGGACGGGAGGUGGGAGUGGGAGGGGCUGAGCGCUGAGGUAAGGAGGGCGGCGAUUGGUCGGUGGGCGGGGCUGAGCGCGGAGGAGAGGAGAACGGCGGUUAGCCGAGCAGAACGUUGGUCGGACAGAGGGAGGCGCGGAUUGGUGGAAGGCGGAGGGCGGGCCCUGCGGGGAAGGGAGAGCAGGGAUUGGUUGGUGCGAGGAGGGGAAGUGCAAAGGUCGCGAGGACACCGAUUGGAGGAGAGGAACGUCAGUCGGAAAGAAAGCGGAGCGGAUUGGAGGAGGGUCGGAGGGCGGGCACUGACGAGAGCGGCGGAGCGGAGAUUGGCCGAGCGGCAUGUCGAUCAAAAGCAGCCCUUCGCUGAUUGGUUGCAGGCGGAGGGCGGGCCUCGAUGAAGGGGCCGAGAGUUUAAAUAACGAGAGCGGCGAUUGCCGGAGCGGAACAUCGAUCAGGAAGGCGACGGAGUAAGCCCCUCCCGGAGCGCGGUUGCGGCGCGGCUGCACCUGGGACUGCGCGGUGAGCUGCAGUUUGAUGGCGCUGGAAUUGAGGCGGGGGGCGCGCAGCAGCUCCUGCAUCCCGCGCAUCUUCUGACUGCGAAACGCCAGCGCCAACCCGGGGGCUCCCGAAGCUCCGCCCCCCGCGGCAGUGGCCCCGCCCCUUUGCUCAGACGCCCCGCCCCCUUGCUCAGAGGACACGCAGCCUUGCGACGAAGCCCCGCCCCCCUGUCCGGAGGCCCCGCCCCCUUGCGCUGAGCCCUCGCUGGCUCCCGAAGCCCCGCCCUCUUGGUCGGAAGCCCCGCCCCCUUGCUGCCCCGAAGCCACGCCCCCCUGCGACUCGGCGGAAGGGGAAGGGGCGGGGCGACGCGCGGGGGGCGGGCGCUUGGCGGGGGGCGGAGCUUCCGGCCGGGAUUCGCGGCGCGGGGGGCGGCGCCGACCCUCACGUGACUCCUCCCCUCCGGCGGCUCCGCCCCCUUCCUCGGCGUCGUCCGCGGGGGCGGGGUCACGUGGCGCCAAUCGGAGCUGCUGGCGCACCUGAGGGGCGGGGCCACGGCGUCAGGGGGCGGGGCCACGUCGAGGGGCGGGGCCAAGGGAAAGGUGGGACCCUGAAAACCCAACCC